AGCUAGUGCUACACAAUGGAAAUCAAUGUGUAUCCUUUCCGAGAGCUGUGCUUUCAAGGACCUCAUGAACUCUAUUUUAAGGACCUUUCAAAAAGAAAAAAGCAAGUCAUGGAGAAGAAUGGGAAUAACCGAAAGCUUCGAGUUUGUGUUGCCACUUGCAACCGUGCUGAUUAUUCUAAACUUGCACCGAUCAUGUUUGGCAUUAAAACGGAGCCUGAGUUCUUUGAACUUGACGUGGUGGUACUUGGCUCUCACCUGAUAGAUGACUAUGGAAAUACAUACCGCAUGAUUGAACAAGAUGAUUUUGACAUUAACACCAGGCUGCACACGAUUGUUAGAGGGGAAGAUGAGGCAGCCAUGGUGGAGUCAGUAGGUCUGGCCCUCGUGAAGCUGCCAGAUGUCCUUAAUCGCCUGAAGCCUGACAUCAUGAUUGUACACGGAGACAGGUUUGAUGCCCUGGCUCUGGCUACAUCUGCUGCCCUGAUGAACAUCCGAAUCCUUCAUAUUGAAGGUGGGGAAGUCAGUGGGACCAUUGACGACUCUAUCAGACACGCCAUAACGAAGCUGGCUCAUUAUCACGUGUGCUGCACCCGAAGCGCAGAGCAACACUUGAUCUCCAUGUGUGAGGACCACGACCGCAUCCUGUUGGCGGGCUGCCCUUCCUAUGACAAACUUCUGUCUGCCAAGAACAAAGACUACAUGAGCAUCAUUCGGAUGUGGUUAGGUGACGAUGUAAAAGCUAAAGAUUACAUUGUUGCACUCCAGCACCCUGUGACCACUGACAUUAAACAUUCCAUUAAAAUGUUUGAGUUAACAUUGGAUGCACUUAUCUCCUUUAACAAGCGGACCCUCGUUCUGUUUCCAAAUAUUGAUGCAGGGAGCAAAGAGAUGGUGCGAGUGAUGCGGAAGAAGGGCAUUGAGCAUCAUCCUAAUUUCCGUGCCGUUAAGCACGUCCCAUUUGACCAGUUUAUACAGCUGGUUGCCCACGCUGGUUGUAUGAUUGGGAACAGCAGCUGUGGGGUACGAGAGGUAGGAGCUUUUGGAACACCUGUGAUCAACCUAGGAACACGGCAGAUUGGAAGAGAAACAGGGGAGAAUGUCCUUCAUGUCCGGGAUGCUGACACCCAAGACAAAAUAUUGCAAGCGCUGCACCUUCAGUUUGGUAAACAGUACCCUUGUUCAAAGAUAUAUGGGGAUGGAAAUGCUGUUCCAAGGAUUUUGAAGUUUCUCAAAUCUAUUGAUCUUCAAGAACCACUACAAAAGAAAUUCUGCUUUCCUCCUGUGAAGGAGAAUAUCUCUCAAGACAUUGACCAUAUUCUUGAAACUCUGAGUGCUUUGGCUGUUGAUCUCGGCGGGACAAACCUACGAGUUGCAAUCAUCAGCAUGAAGGGUGAAAUAGUUAAGAAGUACACUCAGUUCAAUCCUAAAACCUAUGAAGAGAGGAUUAAUUUAAUCCUACAGAUGUGUGUAGAAGCUGCAGCAGAAGCUGUAAAAUUGAACUGCAGAAUUUUGGGAGUAGGUAUAUCUACAGGUGGCCGUGUAAAUCCUCGGGAAGGAAUUGUGCUGCAUUCAACCAAACUGAUUCAAGAAUGGAACUCUGUGGACCUCAGGACCCCCCUGUCUGACACUUUGCAUCUCCCUGUGUGGGUAGACAAUGAUGGCAACUGUGCUGCCAUGGCAGAAAGGAAAUUUGGCCAAGGCAAGGGCCUGGAAAACUUUGUGACACUUAUCACAGGCACAGGAAUUGGCGGGGGGAUCAUCCAUCAGCAUGAACUGGUCCAUGGAAGCUCCUUCUGUGCUGCAGAACUUGGCCAUCUCGUUGUGUCUCUGGAUGGGCCUGAUUGCUCCUGUGGAAGUCACGGGUGUAUUGAAGCAUAUGCCUCUGGGAUGGCCUUGCAGAGGGAAGCAAAAAAGCUACAUGAUGAAGACCUGCUCUUGGUGGAAGGCAUGUCGGUGCCUAAGGAUGAAGCCGUGGGUGCCCUCCAUCUCAUCCAAGCUGCGAAACUCGGCAAUGCCAAGGCCCAGAGCAUCCUGCGGACAGCUGGAACGGCGUUGGGUCUUGGGGUUGUGAACAUCCUCCACACUAUGAAUCCUUCCCUUGUGAUCCUCUCUGGAGUCCUGGCCAGUCACUAUAUCCACACGGUCAAAGACGUCAUCCGCCAGCAGGCCCUGUCCUCAGUGCAGGAUGUGGACGUAGUGGUUUCGGAUUUGGUGGACCCUGCCCUGCUCGGCGCUGCCAGCAUGGUCCUGGACUACACGACUCGCAGGAUCUACUAGGCCUCCCAGGAGUGGACACGGCCCGAGCGAGCGCUCCUUCACGGAAUCAGGUUGUCUUUUAGACGAGCAUUUCUUAAAAAGCAAAUUUGGUAUUUCAAUUUGGUAUUUGGCAGGUGACACUGGCAGAGAAGGUUUUGCUUUUAAGUCUCCUCUUCCCAAGUCACUUUUUCCAACCCCCAUUUUUGUAGAUUCUCUUUUUUGGGUCACUUCAGCUCAAACCCUGAGUACCAGUCAGUUUUUUGUGCCAAAAAGCUACAAUAGAAGAGGAAGCCUUAGGCCUCUGCUUUCUAGAUGCACCACUCAGACUGGCAGGUCUUGCUUGGGAUGUGACCUUGAUACUGGAGUUUGGAUUUUUAAUCCUUCCUCCUCUGACCCUAAACUUAAGUUUGCAGAAAGGGAUCCAGUCAGGGGACAGAAGGAAAUCGCACCAGGAAAGGCUUCAGUAAACUUUUUUUAAAACAGCUAUAUUGAAGUAUUUUUUAAAGUACACAAUUGGAUAAGCUUCAAUAUAUGUAUUUACCCAUGAAACUACUACCACAAUCGUGAUACUGGAUGUACCUGUGACCCACAAAAGUUAGUUACUUACUACUCUCUCAGAACUUUGAGCAACUUUAGACCAGGGAUCUAAAUGACAGUGGCCUUAAUGACCUGGUCCUUAUCUUCUUAAGGACAGCUGAGAAGCCACUAGGACUUACAGCCUCUGAAAGGAGACUAACCAUCCCAAGAGGAUCUUUGCUCCUGACCAGCAGACACCUCUCCCUCAGUAACUUUUCACACUAUGUUGAAUACGACCCUGGAGUGUCUGUGAAGGCAGUGUUUGUGUGUCACACCUAGAACCCACAUCUGUGAAUCUAGAUUCCAGCUAAAGAAGAUUCCAUGCUUUCAUUCCUAUCAAGGUACAAAGGCCAAGAUUCUUGCUGUCAAUUACAACCUGGAAGAAAUACUAAUAGCCACCAUUUAUUAAGUGCCUAUUGUGUGUCAGGCUCAGAACUAGGUGCCUCAUAUACAUUAUUCUAAAUUCUCAUAAACUGUGACAUAGAUGUUUUAAUUCCCAUUUUAUAGAAACCCAAACUACGCCUUAGUGUUUAAACAUACCUAAAGCUAUGUGGCUAGUGUUUUAGAGACAGGGUUUGAUCCCAGGUCCCUCUGUGCUUUUUCUGUUAAGCCAUACAACUUCUCAUAUCAAAAACGUUCAAAAUGCAAAUAUAGUCUAAUUUACUGUAGGUUACCAAAAGCUUUAAUAAGAAUAUUUCAUUAGUAAUGACUUGAUUUAAUCAAAUAUUCCUCUAUGCUGUGUAAAUUUUGCUGGUACAGUAUUUGGACUAGUGAUAGGUUUUAUGGGUACUUUCGGAUGAUCUAAAAAAGCGUAUGCAUACAUUUCCCAGACUUCUAUUAUUUUAGGAAAACCUGAAGGUUUCUACAAUAUGUUGUUUCGGUAGAAGCAUAUAAAAUAAAAUGAAGGAAUCAGCUAAUUCCUUCCUGGUGGGUUAAUGUGAAAAGAUAGGUUGGCUGACCAUAUGCUCGUUCUUGUUGAAACAUUCCACCGUGAUUCCUGGGAUGGAGGUAGUUUGCUCAGCCAUCAGUGUCUGGGGCAAGAUGCUAUACUUUGACGGGGCAUCAAUUGUUCCUUGGUGAAAUCUGUAACCACUUUAUACACCAGACAAUUGCAUUGCUACCCAAAUAUAUGAAGGAUGGUACUAAAUCUAAAACUAAAUCGUAGUUUUUUUUUUUAAACUCGUAGGCUAAUAUAUUCUAUAUAUUACAUAUAGUUAAUUACAUUUUAAUUUAUUUUAAUGUAAAUAUUUUUGUCACUAUUGUUCUGAGCCAAAUUCUAAAGAAACAAAUAAAUAUAUUUCCUUGUGGAAAUCCUAA